AUGUACAGACAGUACUUUCAUGUGGAAAACAGAUAUACAAACAAACAAACCAUGUGCGGUGCAUUACUGGGUUUGAAACUGAUCGGUGACUUUAAUUUCCAUCCAUGUGAAAAUGUGCACUGGCAGAUGUUGAUCUGGCUAUGUCCAGUUAACAUGCUGUAUCUGUCACAAAUACAAGACAUAGCUAUGAAUACCAAAAGCAUCUUUCUGGAAAAAGAUUCACUGUCUAUUGGAGAAAAGAACAUUACCACACACAUCAAUAACAAGCAUAUCUUCCGGUCCAUCAUUGAAUGGUUUAAGACAUGGACAGUAUGGCAAAGAAAAUUUGUCCUAUGUGGUGUUACAGAUAGGUGCUCUAAUACUCAAUUACAAUAUAUUUUAACAGCUUUGGAACCAGUUUUUCAUCGAGACUUCAGAAAUGCCUUGACUGGAAAUUAUCCAAUAUGUAAAUCACAGGCAAAAUCAUUGAAUAAACAUCCAUUGUGGGCUAUUUUGUCACCUAAUACUGUUGCUCAGAAUAAGACUUUGGAAUCAUUUGUAUAUGAUUAUGUUAAGAACAUUGUUGCAAGUGCACAAAAUCGUGCUAGUAAAAGCUAUGAAGGAACAGUCAGUGACCAAUCAUCAAUACAAAAUGCAACAAAGAAUGAUGAGAUGCUACUUAAAAUGGGAGAUAAGUUUAUGACAACAGGAACUGAAGAUAAGCAAAAAUGUCAAAGUCAGAAAAAGGCAAUUCCAGACCUUGAUAGAUUAGUGGAAGAGUCAAUGGACAGUUUUGGAAUAGAUUGGAGAGAGGCUUACUGUGAACUGAAGACGAUUGUAGGGAAUUUGAAAAUGACUUACUAUCACUCAUCAGAUGAUAAAGUCCUAAGGAUGAUUGAUGUACUUACACCUGCAAGAAUUACUCCUCCUGAAGAAGUCAUAUCUUUUAGUAGCAGUAGUGAGAGUUCAUCCUUAUCAUCAGAAUCACCCGAUGAAAGGCAGAGGAGUACUGUAGUUGAUCUUCCUAUCCAGCAAGUUGAGGUGUUUAAGAAGGAGUCAAGUCCCGAAUUACCUGAAAUUAAUAUUCCCAGAAAAGAAAGUGAUUUCAAUCAUUAUCCAUGUUCUGCUCCACCAUCCCCAAAACUGCAAUCCAAGAGUAAGUUAGAGGUAAAAGAAGAAGAGAAGAAAAUAGUGAAAAAAAAGAAGAGGAAACCAAAGAAACCUAAAGAGGAUAAGGAGAACCUGGCAUUGGAUAUUAGACCAGAUCAUGAACAAGCAAAAUGCAUUUUAAUUGCUGGUCAUGAAGGAUUGGAGGAAGAGAGAAUGGAAGGUGAUAUACUGACUAGGCACCUGAACAAGGUGUCCAGGAUGGUGAGAGCUGUCAAAAGAGUAAGAAGAUUACAGGGUCAUUCAAAUGCUGUUUGUUGCCUUAAGUUUGACAGAAGACGCAUAGUAACUGGUUCAUACGACCACUCCAUACGUGUUUGGGACAUACGCAGUGGUCGUAGCAUACACAAGAUCUAUGGUCAUAAGGGUGGUGUACGAUGCAUAGAGUUCAACGACCAAUGGAUAAUCAGUGGCUCUUGGGAUUCGACAAUAAUGAUCUGGGAUGUGGUGAAGUUCACUCAAGUAGCUGUUCUUUAUGGGCAUACUGAUGUUGUGUCUACACUACAACUAAUUGGUUUAAAAUAUCUAGUAACUGGUUCACAUGACAAGACAAUACGCCUUUGGUGCUUACAAGACUUUACACUCAUUCGGAUUUUGACAACUCACACUAAAUCAGUCACAUGUCUUGUUGUCGACGGGGAAAAUGUCAUAUCUGGUUCCACAGAUGGGUUGAUCAAGAUAACUCAGAUUUCUGACGGAAAGGUUGUAAAUACAUUUAACGAUCAGACAGACCCGAUUGCCACACUAGCGGCUCAGCGUAACUUAAUCCUAGGAGGUACUACACGAGGAAAAGCAUACUUUUGGGAUAAGCUUACUGGAGAGCUGCAAGCAGCUGUACAACUACAUGAAACAAUCAUACACAAGAUAGCAUUCCUGCCUUAUCGGAGUGGAGACGCCAGAUUCCUUACAACGUCGGGAGACACCUCAAUCAAGGAAUGGGACCUCUACACGAUGACCUGUGUCCGAGCGCUGCAAGGUCACAAAGGUGCUGUUAGAGAUGUACAGGUUACUGAGGAUCGUAUUGUCAGUUGUAGCGACGAUGGAAAUGUUCGAAUUUGGGACCUAAUGACUCCACAGUUCAAACCGGGUGACAAGGCUGAUGAAGACACAAUUGAGACAAGAACGAUCAAUCAGCGAGAAGACAAGAAACAUUUAAAGAUUUGAGAAUUGGCAAUUCGGGAGGCACCACAUCAGAACAUAGGCUUAUCCCAGAGGAGCUUAGCUCAGUCGGCUAAUCUGGUGGUAGCCACUGUGUAUGCGCUGAACCGUGGAGAUCUCUAGGAUCCCGGUUCAAUUCCAAUCGCUGCCUCUCCUUGUGUUUCAGCUGGAGGGCUGAAAA